AUGAGGAUAUGUUUCAUUGGAGAAGGGGAAGUUUAUACUGCCGAGAACACCACAACUGAACAAAGAUGGGCAUCUUGGGAGAAGCAUGGUUCCAAGAUGGCAUUCUUAGAUGGUAGUCCCCCAGAGAGAGUUUGCAUGCCGAUUGUUAAUCACAUUCAGUCACUAGGUGGUGAAGUCCGACUAAAUACUCGGAUACAGAAAAUUGAGCUUGAUGGUAAUGGAACUGUGAAGAAUUUCUUACUAACUAGCGGGGAAGUUAUUGAAGGAGAUGUUUAUGUAUUUGCCACUCCAGUUGACAUCCUAAAGCUUCUUUUGCCUGAAAAUUGGAAAGAGAUGCUGUACUUCAAAAGAUUGGAGAAAUUGGUUGGAGUUCCAGUUAUCAAUGUUCACAUAUGGUUCGUCAGGAAACUGAAAAACACAUAUGAUCAUCUACUCUUCAGCAGAAGUCCUCUAUUGAGUGUGUACACUGACAUGUCUGUAACAUGUAAGGACUAUCACAACCCUAACCAAUCCAUGCUGGAGUUAGUUUUUGCCCCUACUGAAGAAUGGAUCUCACGCAAUGACUCAGAAAUAAUUGAUGCGACAAUGAAGGAGCUUGCUAAACUCUUUCCUGACGAAAUUUCUGCUGAUCGAAGCAAAGCAAAAAUUGUGAAGUACCAUGUUGUAAAAACACCAAGGUCUGUGUACAAGACUGUCCCAAAUUGUGAACCUUGUCGUCCCUUACAAAGAUCUCCAAUAGAGGGAUUCUAUUUAGCUGGGGAUUACACAAAACAGAAGUAUCUGGCUUCGAUGGAAGGUGCAGUGUUGUCAGGAAAGCUUUGUGCUCAAGCUAUCAUACAGGAUUAUGAGCUGCUUGUUGCACGACCAAAAGGAAGAUUGGCUGAGGCAAGCAUUCGCUGAAUGCCUUUUAAUUGGAGGCAAAAUUGUUGAAAGAUU